AUGCGAGCUAGAGUGGCCGAACGCAGAGCAAUUGCAGCAGAAGAAAGGCUUGCUGCUCUCAUGCACUUGAGUGAAACCCAUAACACUUCUGUACCUGAAGUUUCGCUUCAAUCGCUUGGCUCUGCCGAUAGAAUGGUCAUUGGCGGAACAGGGACUUCGGUCAACCCUAAUAUACUUGAGCCGCAACUCUUGGACGAUGAUCGUCACCUGGAUGAUGGCUACCAUGGUAUACCAGAAGAGCCUCCUUCAGAAGGGGACGACUUCAGCUGGGACGAGAUUUCCCGCGUAAACAGAAGCGACGCUAUCGACGUCUCGAAGCAGCACGAGACGCCCACAGAUGAUAGAAACGAAGACGUCGUAGAUGGCAUGGCCUCACUCACAGUGGAGGAGCGUGGUGCAGGUUAUCUGGGUACCUCAUCUGGUGCUGCGAUGUUGCGAUUGCUAAUGCCAGACGCUGAGCCACGAAAUCCCGCUAGACCACGACGGAAGACAACCACUGAAGAUUCCAUCCAGGAUGACAAAAGUCUAGCUUAUGAGGAGCUCGGUCUGACUGAAAUUGAUCUCGACUCCGCCAUCAACGCGUAUUUUGGAUCCUACCAUGUCCAAUAUCCCAUGAUACACGAGCCAACAUUCCGGGCGCAAUACGCGCAAAUCAUUCCGCGCCCAAAUGGCCUAGCUUUUGAGGCACUUGUCUACAUGCUAGGUGCUAUUGGCCUGUUCUCGACAGCGACGACGGCGGACGCAAAGAGUAACGACGACCUCAAGCUUUUCGAGGCUGCCAAACUAAACAUCAAGAUUGACGUGUUAGAGAAAGGCAACAUCACUCUAUUGGAGGUGUUAGCGCUUAUGUCUAAUUAUCUACAGAAGCGAGGAAAGCCAAACAGUGGUUACAACUACUUAGGACUUGCUUUACAUAUGGCUAUGGGUCUUGGAUUGCACAAAGAGUUCGCUAAUUGGAAACUGCCUCCUCUAGCUAUCGAGAACAGGCGUCGUAUCUGGUGGACGUUGUACAACUUGUUUACCGGGGCUCUCGUGACGUUUGGACGACCUUGGUCUUGGCCAGACAAAGGCAUAGAGACAUCUCUACCGCUUAAUAUCCACGAUCGGGAUCUUACUAAUAUCACACAAUCAUGGCCUGAGAAUCGACAAACCAUCACGACAUACACGUUCAUGCUUGCACAGGCAAAAUUCCAUCAAGCGACCGCUGAAGUUUACACACGAGUCAUCUCUAUUCCCUAUCCUGCCGCUUCCGAGCUACUGAGUCUUGACGAUGAGCACUUGGGCAGCUGGCUUCGCAAUCUUGGCCCGUGGUACUCGGCAGACGCCCGAGUGCCUUCGAAGUUUGCGCUUGGUCACCAUAUCAUGCACAACAGGGCCCGAAACUUCAGGAUCAUCAUGUAUCGUCCGUUUGUCAUCCGGAGUGUCUUGAGCGCGGCGAGAGGCAUGGAUGGAUUGGGUCCUUCGCCGGCCGAACAGACCGCAAUCGACCGAUGCCUUGACGAAGCGAAGGCAACCAUCUCCUCAAUUCGCACGUAUUGGUCGAGUCUAGACCAUGGUAGAUUGGCCGCUUGGUACUCUCUUUAUUUUAUUUUCCAAGCUUCGUUGAUACCGUGUCUGUGCUUGCGCAACCAGCCAAAUGCCAUCCUAGCCUCGGAUUGGCGAUCGCAAAUUCAGCAAACGUUGUCUGUCAUGACCGAGAUGAAUUCGGUCAACCCGAGCAGCAUCGAGUGUCAAUCUGUCAUCAUGCGUCUUUGUGGCCAAUUUCUCAGCCCAAUCACGUCUGCGUCAAUCUCUGGUUUUGCUCCUUUAGCGGCCACCGAAGAAAGUCCUCAGACUCAGAUUAACAAUGUCUACUCUAUGAUGUGGCCUAACGCUAGUCCCGCCAGUACUGACUUGCUCAUGAGUGAUUCUCAGUGGGGAUUCAUGACGGACCCGGGACACGUUGGUCUAGAAUCUCUACCAUCUAAUUGGGAUUGGACAUAG